UAUGCCUUCUCUUCGGUCUCUCCGCCUCCUCUUUGUCGCACUUCCCUCCCAACUGUCUACUCACGCAACUCACCCACUUGUCCGGCCCUCGUUAUUCUCGCCCCAUCUCCCCGUUAUAGCAUUCAUUCAACACUACACUCGUCACUUUCUUCCCAAAACUCACAUACUUUACAUAUACCAUCAAAAUAGCAUCCACACCUCUUUCCCAACGGUUCUUCAUUCCCAAUCCGCACACCUCAAUCUCCAAGAAAAGCAUUGAGAAUGCGAUGCCGUUUUCUUUUUCCGCGAAUCAAACCCUUAGUUUAUCCAGAUCCCGUAUUUUUUCCACCCAAUUUAAGAAGACCCACAAAAUGUUUGUUGGUAACUGUGUUUCCACUAGCAAUGAUGGCACCUGUGCUGAAACCCCAAUUGAACUGAAGUACCCGGCAUUUCCUACUGUAAUGGACAUUGAGAAGAUUCGCAAAAUUUUGCCUCACCGAUUUCCAUUUUUGCUGGUAGAUAGAGUUGUUGAGUACAAUCCUGGGGUGUCCGCUGUGGCUAUCAAGAAUGUGACAAUAAAUGAUAAUUUCUUUCCUGGGCAUUUCCCUGAGAGGCCAAUUAUGCCAGGUGUGCUCAUGGUUGAGGCAAUGGCUCAGGUUGGUGGUGUGGUUAUGCUACAACCAGAAGUGGGAGGCUCGAGGGAAAAUUUCUUCUUUGCUGGAAUUGACAAAGUAAGAUUCAGAAAGCCAGUCGUCGCAGGAGACACCCUAGUUAUGAGAAUGACACUUGUCAAGCUGCAGAAACGCUUUGGAAUAGCAAAGAUGGAAGGGAAAGCAUAUGUUGGCGGGGAAGUGGUCUGCGAAGGUGAAUUUUUGAUGGCUAUGGGCAGUGAAUGAUUAUUUCCCACCAAUAUGGUCGUAUUUUUUGCAGCACCAGUUGUUUUUUAAUUUUCAUCUCUCCUUGUCUCUCUUUCUGUAUGUGUUGGGAAAACAUUGUGCCUCUUUUUUCAUUUCUUUUCCAUUGGAGAGUUAUCUAGGAUUAUUUUUUUUCUUCUAAUGAAUUGUUAGAGACUAAAUAUUGCAAGCUUAAAAGUAACUCCAGGUUACUUUAAACUAGAUUUGUGUUAUGUUUGCGUGCUUGAAACCUCACUUUUAAGUCACCUAUUUUAUCAAA